AGCACUUCAGCAAUGAUCAGGUUCAAGCAAAGAAAGGACAAUGUCUUGACGAGAGGAAUAUUUCAUGAUCGGUCUUUCCAAGAGUCGAUUGGAAAAUAAACAAGCGCAUCAUGGGAAUCGGUCCAUAUUCUACAAACAUAGCAAAGUGCCUGGUCGCCCAUUAAGUGCAAUGGAGCUUCGAGGGGGCAACUUGUUUGACCCUGGCUCUUCGGAAUCCUCGUCGCUGCGGAGACAAGACGACCUCAGGAGGUUUGAGGACUCCAUAGCGCAAUCAUCCUUAACACUCAAGUGGAUCAAAUUGUUGACAAAUCAAAAUCAGAACCAAGAGCUUUCUCGGCAUGCCAAGUCCUCGUUUGAUUACUAUGACGUACGGGAUGCAUUCAUCGCCAAUGCUGCCUUGCACUACUCCAUGAGGGCUUGCUCAAGGAGGAAGAUUUCUUUAGACAAGCUUCCGAGCUCUUCCAGUGCAGACGAUUUGCAGGAGGGACACUAUCGUGUGCGCCUCGAGGAGAGGCGGAGAUUGACCUGUCCAGCCCGCGGACCGGAAUACCUUACGGCAACCAAGAAGAAGUCCAUUCCUCCUCUCGAUCUUAGCAACGUGUUUCCGAGUCCCUGCUCCACCUACUGCAGUGAAGAGCGAUGAAAGGUUCCCUGCUCCACCUACUGCAGUGAAGGGCGAUGAGAGGUUCCCUGCUCCACCUACUGCAAUGAAGGGCGAUGAAGGGUUCCCUGCGGCGUCAGGCGGGACAUAAAACCAGGGCAGCAAUCCGAUAGGAUCAAGGAUGGGGAUACGCAGAGACAGACUGUCUCCCAUCAACUAACCAACUGAGCUCUAGUAAACGCUGCGUUACUCG